AUGAACGAUGCCUCUCGCUUGUGGCACUGGAAAGCCCCAACCCGCCCCUCCGCCAGACUCUUCGACAUUUUGCUGCGGCAUUUAAAGACUCGUGAUGCGCAUCAGCCCAAUUCGACUUGUUCUGCAGAGCCGAGGAGUUCAGGAUAUUUGCAGGAUGCUUGCAGCAGUGUGGAGUUCUGUGACCUGAGGCGAUGGCUGACGCAGCAUGAGCGAGUUGAGAAGCUGAACUGGACUGCGCACAGCCAGGCCAAAGAGGGCCUGGAUGAGUACGUGGUUGACCAGUUCAACACCCAAGAGAAGUUGCCUACAUUGAUCUUUGACCUCAUACUGAUAGAGGCGUGGAAGGAGCGCAUUUGGCCUUUGAUGAAGGCCAAAAUUGCAAAGUUCAGCUCCCUUCGCACGUACAUUCCAGUCUACCACGAGGCCUCAGUGGCAAAUUUGCUGGAGGUUUGUUUAUACCAUCGAACCAGCUGUGAAGAGGCUGGAGAUGCACUCAUCGAUCUGGUGGAUUUUUGUGCGCGCAAGCUCAGAUACCUGGUGGCUACACCAAACGAUGAGCUGGUGAGACAGGUGGCCUCAGCAAAGGAGUGUACGGAGUGGGACAAUGUCAGGAUGUUGGAUGAACAGUUUGUCGAAACCGAGUUCCAGAUUUGCAUGUGUGUCAUUUCCAUCCUCCGCUUCCUCACGGACCACCGGGUUGCAAUACCAUUGGCAGUGACCACACGCAUGCUGGAGACCCACGAUAUUCUGCUAUUGCUGGUUCCUCUCAUGGAGAAGGCCCCAUGGGUGCGACGGAACCGCAUCAAUGGGCGUAUCGAGAAGUUCGAAGAGCACAAGUGGCAAGUGGUCGAGGCCGAUGAUGAGGGACGCCUGCCAAAGCUUCACUCGCAGGUUUGGCUCUCCAUCUACAACCUCGUCAUGGAUCCUGAAUGUCGAGCUCGAUAUGAGCUUUCCUCCUUCCGGAGGGAGAACUUGCUCAGACUACGGAGAUAUAUCAAUGAGGUCGUGGUGGAUCAAUUGCCACCUUUGACGAACUUGCACCGGGCUUUAGAGGAGAGCGACUCAUCCGAUGGCUAG